CAUACACCUGCUUGGUUGCGGUUAUGAUGUAGCUUUAUUCAUAACUCCGUCGGCUCAUUCUGCCGCGUGUGCCCAACAUGGAAGUUAUAAAUACCGGCCACAGCCAGCACUGAGGUGUAUGGUUCUUAGGUACACUACUGAAUACCAAUUCCUCAUUCAAAGCUUUAUUCUGUAAAGUUCAACAGUAUAUAUUUUUCAACAUGUCCGAUAUCUUCGCGCCCGCCCCAGAGCCCUCCACUGAGCUGGGUCGCUACCGCAUCCUCUCUUCGACCGCCGGCAUCCGCGUGUCGCCACUGCAACUGGGUGCUAUGUCUAUUGGGGAUUCAUGGUCUCACUUUAUGGGAUCCAUGGACAAGGAGUCUUCAUUCAGAUUGCUGGAUGCCUUUGUCGAAGCCGGAGGCAAUUUUAUCGACACUGCCAACAACUACCAAUACGAGCAAUCAGAGGCCUGGAUAGGCGAAUGGAUGACUUCCCGGAAAAACCGUGAUCAACUUGUCAUUGCAACCAAGUUUACUACGGACUACAAGUCGUAUGCACUUGGAAAGGGGACCGCACCGAACCACUGCGGUAACCACCGCCGCAGUCUCCAUAUGAGCGUGCGCGACUCCCUGCGUAAGCUCCAAACAGACUGGAUCGAUAUUCUGUACCUUCACUGGUGGGAUCAUACCACCUCUAUCGAGGAAAUCAUGGACAGCCUCCACAUUUUGGUGGAACAGGGCAAAGUGCUCUACCUAGGAAUCUCGGAUUCCCCUGCGUGGGUUGUGAGUGCCGCCAACACCUACGCUCGGGCUCAUGGUAAAACCCCCUUCAGUGUCUACCAGGGCCGGUGGAAUGUGAUGCUUCGUGAUUUCGAACGUGAGAUAAUUCCUAUGGCACGCCAUUUUGGGAUGGCCCUGGCACCUUGGGAUGUCCUCGGCGGCGGCAAGUUCCAGACCAAGAAGGCAUUGGAGGAGCGGAAGAAGAAGAAUGAAGGAUUGCGAAGCCUUACUGGCGCAGGCGAGCAGACUGAUGAGGAAGUUAAAAUGAGUGAAGCACUGGCAAAGGUUGCAUCGGAGCAUGGCAUUGAGUCUGUAACGGCUGUUGCUCUGGCCUAUGUCAUGCACAAGACACCUAAUGUCUUCCCGCUGGUUGGCGGCAGAAAGGUGGAACACUUACACGACAAUAUCCAGGCUUUGAAGAUUAAGUUGACACCGGAGCAAAUCGAAUACCUCGAGAGUGUCAGGCCACUGGACGUCGGAUUCCCCAACAACUUCAUUGGACCCGACCCGAAGGUGACGGGCCGAGCGUCUGGAUUGCUGGCAGCCAAUGCACAGCUAGCCUUUGUGCCGGCAUCUAAGCCUAUCACUCCACCAUGACGAGUUUCGUCGUGAUUUGUACGGCGCCAGG